AGAUUCACGAACAUUGGUGGACAUUGGUGGAAUUACCGGCCUGUGGCCGACGCAGAGGAGCAGCAGGUCGUCAACGCCGUGCCAGAUAUUCCCCUUGGGCCCGUCAGGGUCAAGGGCAAAGGCCGCCCUGCUGGGGCUAUCGCGUCGGCCGGCCCCUGCUUCGAAGAAGAAGGGUGAGGGAAUCACUGGUACGAAGCGGCUGCCUUCGGCGUUCGAACGUGAGCUUGACCAUGAACUGGCUACGGCUGUUCCCCCGUCAACUGCUCCUCCCGUAAUGGAGGGAGCAUCGGCGGGCAAGCCGCGCGGCCACCCUCGCAAACAACAGCCGCAACGCAAAAACCAGCCGCAACGCCAAAAACAGACGCAACAGCUGCAACUACAGGCCCAGCGGCAAUCUCAGGAAGCUGACUGCAUUGUAGCAGCAGUUAGAUCAGAGAAGGAGGUGGCCACAGCGAUCCCUGAGGUCACAAGCACAAGGCUAGGUUGACAGCGGCUGCAGGAGGCUCAAAAGGAUAUGUACGAGCCUGGAACGGCACCGCCGCGGGCGCAUCAGCGCAGUAUUGACGCCCUCGAUGCUGUUGAUCCCGAAGUCGAGGAUACACAUGACGCGUUGCUUGCUGAUGGAGAGGCUGAGGCUCGGCUGGCUCGUGAGGAUGCUGCAGCUCUUCAGGAAGAGGACGAAGGCGAGGAACAAGGUACUACUACAGAGGAUUGAGGUCUCUCAAAGUAUCCUUCUCGUAGAAACAGGAUUGUUAGAUAGUUAGCUUCUAUUGACAUUAUGAUUCUGCUGUG